CUGAGAUGAUAUCAUUGCUUCAGAAAGGCUCUGUAAGCAUUGCCCCGUGAAACUGAAGGAGCAAAGGAAGCACAGCUCUUUGUUUCGCCCAGCAAACAAAAUCCAUGACCCGAACUCGAUUUGGGGAUAAACAAUGCUUUCUUUGCGCAUUUAUAAGAUGCAUGAUUUCUCAAUCAUGAAUACCAAGGAGACAAUAUUCCCUGUUCAAGUCAAACAUGGGCAAGAUGAGUAUUUUACCUUUGCUGCUUUUCAUGGCUUUUGCUUCACUUAUCGCGAAAGCUAGCGCUCCGGAUGCUUUGAUCAAAAAGCGAUUUGUUGAGCAACACUUGGUCAAAAGAGCCGGUGAAAGUUCUGAAGGAAGUUCAAAGCAAAAGGGUAAUACACAAAGUCGUGCCGGCAUACUGAAUAUCAAAACUGAUCGUAAUCUCAGGCAAUUGACCGGACAUGCAUUUAAACAAAUGUUUACUUGUAAGUCAGGUAUGGAUUGUAGUCCUCAUCAACCUGGUCCACGCUUGGUGACGCAAUCGAAUCGUGAAAAGUUGAACAAUACCCCAAAUGAUUCGCCUUCUGGUUCGCCUCGCCGCGAGAGUCCAUCUUUAUCGGUCGAAAAUCCAUCUUCAUCUAAGGGUAAAACAGAGCCUUCCCAUCGUGCAAGAAAAGUAUCUUUUUCAGAGCCUUCCCAUCACGCAAAGAAAGUAUCUUUUUCAACACUUAAUAGCAUGGAUGCAGCUGCAGUCGAACUGGCACGAGGUGCGUUUCCUUCAGGUAGAAUAAAGGAUCAUCAACAGUACCGGCUGGAUACUUCCAAACUUGUAGACAAAAAGCUUGGAAUGCCAAAGAAACAAUCUACUUCGCCAAAGGAAGGACCUGGAUCACCAACGGAAGAAUUUGGAUCGCCAAAGAAAGGACCUACAUCUUUAGACAAGAGUGCCAGCUUGGACGAUAAUGCAAAACAUUUGGCAAGAGCUCUCGUUGCACCGGGCAGUAGGGUCGCGCUUACGCAGCCGAAAAAGUUGCAUGAAGGUGCAUGAAAAGCAUAGUAGCAGUCCUUCUUCUUCUUCUUCUUCUUCUUCUUCUUCUUCUUCUUCUUCUUCUUCUUCUUCUUCUUCUUCUUCUUCUUCUUCUUCUUCUUCUUCUUCUUCU